AUGGAAGUGGAAGCAACGAGUCUCGGGCAUGCUGCCUUUGCGCCUCAUGACUACGAAACUCCCCAAGCACCCUCGCCCUCUCCCCUGAACUCGCCAUGGCCCGAACUAGAUACCGACAUGGACAAGCUGGAGGAAGGAACGACCCAACUCGAACACCAACGAAGCUUUGCGCUGCAAACUCCCAACGACGACAGCCAAGCAGCCAGGGAAGUUGCGCAACAAAGUUCCCGACCCGACACAGAUCAUGCAGUACCACCUGCCUCAGACGCUCAAACCGGGGAUCCAAAGUCGCAAUCAGAUACCCUUUCGCAAUCGAUACCCGAACCGGUCCAGAGUCGCGCCAAGCCUCCGUCGAGGCCUAUGUCCCUAGCACAAUCGCUAUUCCCCGAAGACUUCGAAGACGAACCAGAACACCAAGAAGAGGCUUCAGCUACGGCUGGCCAACCCGAACAAGCUGAGCCAGGAGCAGUCUCGCAGACACAGACGCAAACCGAGCAGCAAACACACUCUCCGACACAAGAGACACAACCGAACCUGCCCGAUCAAACUGUGCUUGACGAUCCGGAUCUAUCACAGUCGUUUCCCCUACACGAGCCUACCGAUCACUUGGACCAGUCUGUGGAUCCCCUAGAUCAGUCGCAACCUCUGCAACCGCAAACGCCAAUCAAAGACUAUUCCGAGCUUGAAAAUGCAGUCGCUGACUUGAACCUACCGACGAACUCUCUUUUCCCUGCCGAUCUUGCUCUUGCCUCAUACGAAGCCGAAGAGGCUGCUCCUGUACAAGACGUUCAGAACGAUCCCAUGCAAGCUUUCGCGAAGCUGCAGUUCCCCGAUGGCGACUUCUAUGUUAACACCUAUGCUGUCGAAUUGGGCCGUGAUCUAAAUGCCGCCAAGUUUGAGCGAAAGGCAGGUCGAAGACACAAGAUGAAGUUGAACCGGGAUGUCCAAAUGGAACAAGAUGCGGAAAUGAAUAUGGACGACGAGGGUCGCAAUAUCGCACGCAGCAACGUGAGCGAAAGUGGUGGUAUUGUUGGUGUCAACAUCGACUACGACAGCGAAGAGAACGAAGAGUCCAAGAGGCGCAAGCGCAAACAGUUUCGCUCGACCAACUCAUCCCACUCUGUCGACCCCACGUCCCUCCUUACUAAUCCAUACGACCUCUCUCUCGACUGGCAACCUCAACAGGAUAAGCCCUUCGAAUAUGAGUGUCCCUUCAUCCCCAUCCAUCCUCAGGCCGGCCAGUCGUUCAAGAACAUCUCGCGCAAACACGUUCGUAUCGAAUACAAUCUGCAGAAGGCUCACUGGGAAAUGCUUGUCAAUGGUAGGAAUGGUGUGUUUCACGAUGACACCCAUGUCGACAAAGGUUCUGUGGUCAAGCUACACCACGGAAGUGAAAUUCUCAUCCAAGGUAUAACCAUUAUUUUCAAGCUGCCAGAUAACGCUCGCAACGAGGACGAAGAGGAAGAGCCCGCCCACAUUCUUUCGGACACGGAUAGUUCCCUUUCCGACUUGGACAGUGUCGCUAGUGCUACCUUCGGCCACGAUUACGAAGAGGAAGACGUAUCAUCUGAAGACGAGCCUCUGCGCCUCAAACGCCCUGUGCAGAAGAAGGAGCGACCACGUAGAAUUGUCAAGCUCAAAUUCACGCUCAAGAAGAACUUCCCUGCUGUUGCUGGACUGCCUNNGUCGAGAAGGGAAGACAAGAAAGAGAAGGAACUGGAGAAAGAGAAGAAGAAAGAGAAGGAGAAGACCAAGGACAAAGAGAAAGAGAAGGAACCUGAAAAGGAGAAGGAAAAGGCGCCUGAGAAGGCCAAAGUCAAGGAGAAGGAGAAGGAGAAGGACAAGGAGAGGGAGAAGGAAAGAAGGCCAUCCAAGUCUGGCAAACAGUCCAUCAAGACCGACAAGCCCCCGAGAGCGGAAAAGGCAGAAAAGAUGCCUCGUACACCCAAGGCGGACAAGGUCGAGAAGCCAGUACAAAAGGUGCCCCUACCUCAAAAGACCGAAACGAGCGACAAGAUCGAAAAGCCAAAGGAUGUUCAACCUGCCGAGAAGACGAUCGUCACCCCCAAGCAGCCCGAGGCCGUUGCACCCGUCUUCGAAGAGAGAAGAGAAUCCGCUGUGAUCACGACCGANGAUGCCCCUCCAUCACAGCCUUUCGAUAUCAAGCCGUCAAUUGAGCCUGACUCUUACGAAGCUCUUCAAGCUUUGCAAGUGACGCCGUCUCAAACUCCUCCCGCCAUUCCUACUGAUCUACCUCCUGGUUCAAUUCUCGCCGGCCUGGCACCCGAGGAGAUUCCUCAAAAGCGAAAAGGUCCAGGAAGACCUCCCAAGAACGGUGUCAUGUCCAAACGUGAUGAGGCAAUCAUCAAGCGCAAGACCAAGGAGUUGCANAAGCUAGGCAAGGUCGUUCCACCGCUCGCCGAACUCUUGGCUCUUGCCAGAGCUGAAGGCGGAAGUACUACCAAGAAAGACUCUAAACCAGAAGACGGACGUGAAGGAGAGCAUCUCAGCCAAUCUGUCGAGAUCGACCCUGCACUUAUGGCAAUUCAAGAGCACAACAACGCCACACCCUCAGUCGAAGUCAAAACCGAGGGAGGUGUCCUAGUUGCUCAGCCUACACCUGACAAGGAUGCGAACAAGCCGAAAAGGAUCGUCAAGUCUCCGUCUCCACAAAAGCCCGAAUCAGAAUACACCGAGGAAGAGCUCAAGAAACCGACUCAGACCUAUGUUGUUCUUAUUCACGAGGCACUAUCCAAGGCUCCGACUGGUGUAAUGGAUCUGCAACAAAUCUACGAUGCCAUGCAGAAGAUGUAUCCAUGGUUCAAGUAUAGAAGUACGACUCAUGGCUGGCAAAGUAGUGUCAGACACAAUCUCAUCAGUAGUGAGGCUUUCGAAGAGGCUGGCAAGAUUGGCAAAGGCAGACUUUGGAAGAUUAAUCCCAAUGUUUCUAUCGACAAGGAGAAGAAACGCAAGGCUCCAACGCCGCCUCCGGACAACAGACAAGCUCAGCAACAGCAAUACCCGUACUACCCGAACAAUCAAUACCCGUACGGUCAUCCUGCAGCUCCUGCGUACGGUGCUUAUGCCAGACCAAGCCCUUACGGUACACCUUACGGUCCGCCAACCGUACAGAACGUGGCACGACCGCCUGUCCCAACUCCGCAGCAAAAGCCUGGUACCUACUAUUCUCCAUAUGCCUCAACUACACCAGGUACUGCCGCCGCUGGUUCGCCUUAUGGCCCACCGAGUAGAGCCCCGUAUGCUCCUUACCCUCAACCACCUCGCCCACCCGGUAAUGCUUAUGGCCAACCGCCACAGCCACCGGCACAACCUGGUCAACCACAAGCUCCAGCGCAGCAAGGCCAACCACAGCAGCCUCAAUCCGGUCAAGCUCCUCACCCACCUACAGGCCAACAGUAUCAGCCGGGAGUCGGUCAAGCCCCAGGGCCGCCUAACGGUCAACCACAAUACGCUAAUCAAGGUCAACCGCAGCCUCCUCGACCUGUGAUGGCUCCAGCACCUGGUCAGGCCCCUCCUCCGGCACAUAAUCAGAGCGGGAUCACUUCUGAGAAAAUGAUCGAUAAUAUUAUGGACUAUCACAAGAAGUAUCUGAGUAACUUCCAAGGCCCUGAGCAGGACAAACAUAGAGCGAUCUUCCGCAAAGCCACCAACAGACACAUUCGCCGUGAUCAAGAACACGGUCCCUUCGAGUCCGAGGAAGAAGAAAAGCUUUACAAAGCUAUUCAAAAUAUCAUCACCUCUACACAGGCAGAGACAGCAUCUGCCGCCCCUGCACAGCCUCAGGCGAACGGUCCGGGACCUGGUCAAGGAGGACCGCCUCAAGCUCAGACGCAACCAGGCGCCACACAAACUGCGCCGGGCCCAGCCUCACAACCACAAGGUGCUCCCGGUCAGCCACCUCAACAAGGUAUGCCAGGCUCGCAGCCGAUGAUGGGUCAACGACCCAACACGGGACCCCAUCCUGUCCAACAAGGAUCCAGCUCAGAACAGGCAUUGGCCGAAGCGCUCAAAACAGCUAUGCCCGGUGCGCAACCUUUCAGGCAAGGUCCACCAAUUGGUCCUUAUCAUCAAGGACCACCGGCACACCAAGGUAUUGCACCGAGACCUGGUCCGUUCGUGCAGCCACAACCUCCGCAGCAACAAGAAUGCAGCCUCCGGCAGGACAGCAACAGACACCUCACGCUCGACCCAAUCUUGCGCCCACGCCUUCCGUGCCUCAAGUGCAAGCACCCAGGCCGACAUUCACUCAGCCGUCUCAACCUCCGUCAACUGCAACAACGCCGGCAGUUCAGACCCAGGCUUCGACUCCCGUCGUCCCGAAACCCGUUGCUCCUGCUCCUGCUCCGGUCCAGCCGACGCAACCGUCUUCUGCACCAGCCCCAAAUCAGCCGACUCAACAAGCUCCUGCGCCUCCUGCGGCGGCCCAAACAGCUCCAGUUCCUCAACCUGCACCUGCGGUCCAGCCAGCUCCAGCAUCUACAUCCUCACAGAUGCCGAUACCUGCUUCGCCGGCACAGCAACAGACACCUGCGCCCGUAUCUUCGACCACUACACCAGCUCCAGUGGUCCCUCAGGCGCAAGCCACGCCAUCACAGCCUCCAUCGAUCGUCCCUGCUGCUACCCCAACGCCAGCUCCCGUAG